GUAAGUCAAGAAUUACGGCUGGUUGUUUUGACGAGGUUGUGUUUAGCGGUGACAAUCUUUACCCGCUCCAAAAGGCCGAGAGCAAGAGAAUUGUUUCUUUGGGGGAGAAGGACACUUGGCAGGAUUGCCAAGAGGCGUGUGCGAACAGCAGUGAACCCUGUCACUCUUGGACGUAUUAUUCGUACUCCAAAGGUCUGACAAAGACGUGCUUCGGACGUACGGAUGAAUACUGGAAUCCGGAGUAUUUAUACGAGCCAGGCGUGGAUUUGCCCGUAGUAAGCGGCGUGAACUGCAAAUCUCCACCAGCUGCUGCUCUGCCUAAUGCACCUCCACCCAAUGUUCAGUUCAGCUGGGACCACGUUCCUGUGUUCAUUCAUACAUCGAACACAACUGGACCAUUCAACGACCAGGCAUUGCAGAUCAUGGCCAAGUUUCCUAUUGUCACAAUUGAGAAGUAUCAAGGUCCCAACAGUGGAUAUCAUUAUCCUGCUGAGAAAUGGGUGUGCUGUGAGGAAGAUCGCAUUGUGGAUACGUUGAAAUCUGUGAAAAAGAUCAACCCAAACAUCACAGGAAUCUUCUACUACAACAUCGUGUUGGACUUUCCACAGUAUCGACUGCACGAGAACUUUGCCAAGAACGAGAGCUGGUGGCUUCAUGACCAACACGGCAAUGUCUUGCGAGUAAAGGGAGGUGGACACGGCAAUGCUGAUUUGCUGGUCUAUGACACAACUCAGAAAGCAGUUGCCGAUCUCUUCAUGAAUGCCUGCCUUGGUUUAGUCCAAGCUGGGUCGGUGGACGGUUGCUUUGUUGAUAGGCCAGUUGUAACCGGACUAUCCAGCCAUGAUGGCUUGACUGACGACAUGAUACUGGACAAUCUAGAAUCACACGUCACCACACUGCAGCAGCUGCAGCACAACUUAAAGCAAGCACCGCUCAUUGCCAACCAUGCGUAUGCCAUGCCCGGCAUCAAUUCCGUGAUGAUUGCCGUUUUUCCUGCGUCGGAAGAGGGCAUCCUGACGCUGCAGUGGUGUGCAGAUCGCGGAAAACUCGUCGAAGCGCACAUGAUUUCAGAGCAUGGCUGCGAGUCAGACGAAGGCAUCCAGGAUUACCUAGCGGCGUUCCUUAUCGGAGCAGGUAAUUACUCCUACUUUGGCUGUGGCUCCUGGUUCACGAGUGCACUAUCCAUUGACUACCAGUGGAAGACGUCCUAUGAGAAACCGCUGGGUCCCCCAACGGGUCGUGCUGUUAAGACAGAACUGGUUUACAAGAGGGACUUUGCCAGUGGUACAACUGUUCAGUUCGACUGUUCUACAAACAAAGGUGAAAUUCACUGGGCGAAAAGUGAAUCUCUAACACAGCAGAAUGGGUCAGCAACCAGUUGAUCAUGAUCUGAAGGACAAUACAAUGCUGUUCGCUAUUGUCGUUGUCAUUUGCAACUAUGCUAAACUGUUGCAAUAGUAGCAGCAAUACCGUCGAAAACGUCGUGUGAAUGUGUGCAUUCAUGCACGUAGUUUUCUCACUGUGCACGCAUUGAAGGGAGGCCCAUGCACACAGUGAGCCUUCUUAUUGUAUGGGUAUCAUGGGUAUGUACAUGCAUAUGGAUGCACUGUUACCAAUGUGCUUCACCUUGAGGUCUCUGAAACCGUCAUUCUGUACCAAACUGCAGUUUAAAAAACUCA